AUGAGAGGACACAGACAAAGACGCGGAUGGCAGUACUGGUGGGUUGCCGUGCGUCUCUGGCUAAUGCUGUGCUCCGAGCAGCACGUUUCAGCACAGAUUAGAUAUUCUAUUGCCGAAGAGGUGAAAGUGGGGACUUUUGUGGGAAACACAGCUAAAGACUUGGGUCUAGACGUCAGCAGCUUGGCCGAUAGACGGUUGCGUAUUGUAUCCGGAUCAAGGGACGACCUCUUUACGGUAAACCAGAACAAUGGAGCCUUGCUGGUCCUGAAGAAGAUCGACAGGGAGGUGAUUUGUGAUAGCAGCGACGCUUGUUUGAUAAAUCUUAAAAUCAUCGUGGAACAGCCUCUGGAGGUUCACUACGUCAGCGUGGAAGUAAGCGACGUGAAUGAUCACGCACCCGCAUUUCCGGGAGAUGAGCAGCAUUUGGAAAUAGCUGAGCACACUAUGAUCGGAAAGCGCUUCCAGAUACAGGCAGCGCGGGAUCCCGAUUCGGGAAUCAAUUCUGUUCAGUCCUACAAAUUAAGUCAGAAUGAUUAUUUUGAAAUUGAAAUAAGAGAGGAUGAGUACAAAAUUCCUUUCCUAGUUUUGAGGAAACCCCUAGAUCGAGAGUUCAAGUCCAGACACUAUUUACUUGUUACCGCAAGCGAUGGUGGUAAUCCGCAAAGAUAUGGCACCUUAAACAUUACGAUCAACGUGCUUGACUCAAAUGACAACCGUCCGGUGUGUGGCCAGGAUACAUACUCAGUCAGCCUUUAUGAAAAUGCAGCUGUUGGCACCGUUGUGGCUCGAGUGAACGCGACUGACUUGGACGAAGGCUUGAACGGCGAUUUAGAGUAUUCACUUGUCAAAAAUCUUAAAAAUAAAGUACACGAGCUUUUUGAUUUGGAUGCGAUCAGUGGAGAAAUUCGGGUUAAAGGUAAAAUUGAUUUUGAGGAAUCGGAUGUGUACAGAAUAGACGUACAGGCGUCCGAUAAAGGGCAACCCCCCUUGACUGAGGAUUGUAGAGUCAUCGUUAAGGUAAUAGACGUCAACGACAACGAGCCGGAGAUAGAGGUGACGUCACUCUCAAGCGUCGUUGCUGAGAGUGUAAAACCAGGAACAGUGAUUUCUCUUAUCAGUGUUACUGAUAAAGACUCCGGUUUGAAUGGAAAACUGAUAUGUAGUCUUUCAGAAAGUGUUCCAUUCGAACUGAAACCGUCAUUUCAGGAAAGCAUGUUUUCUUUAGUGACGACACAGAGUUUAGAUCGAGAAACCUCGUCUCAUUAUGACGUUACAAUAACAGCUACUGACAGCGGCCAGCCUCCCCUAUCCUCUGUAAAAACGUUACGUAUUCAAGUAUCAGAUGUGAAUGAUAACGUUCCCACGUUCUCCGUAAAUCCCCUGAGUCUCUACCUACCGGAGAAUAACGCCCCUGGCUCCCCUAUAUUCAGCGUCAGCGCAAGUGACAAUGAUUUGGACGAAAAUGCUGCUGUAGCAUAUCAUGUAGCUAGAAUUCCAAAGACGCAAAGUGACGUGUCAAUUUUUCUGAAUAUAAAUUCGGAUAAUGGACAAAUUUCUGCGUUAAAAAGUUUUGACUUUGAAACUUUGAAGACUUUCCAGUUCCACGUGGUUGCCACAGACUCCGGAAGUCCCCCGUUGCGCAGCAACGUGACAGUGAACGUGUUCAUCCUGGAUCAGAACGACAACGCUCCAGUCAUCUUGUAUCCAGUCAGCGCUAACGGUUCUGCUGAAGGUGUGGAGGAGAUUCCCCGCAAUGUGAACGCAGGUCAUCUGGUGACUAAAGUGAGAGCGUAUGACGCUGAUAUAGGAUAUAACGGCUGGUUGUUAUUUUCACUGCAGGAAGUCACUGACCACAGUCUGUUUGGUUUGGACCGCUACACAGGACAGAUAAGAACACUUCGCUCAUUCACAGAGACAGACGAGGCUGAACACAAACUGGUCAUACUGGUGAAAGACAAUGGCAACGUGUCACUCUCAGCAACAGCUACUGUGGUUGUCAAGGUUGUGGAGCCCAAAGAGGCUUUUGCUGCUUCUGAUGUUAAAAGUGCAGCAAAAGAUGAAGACGAGGACAAUGUGACACUUUAUUUGAUGAUAACUUUGGGCUCAGUUUCAGCACUUUUCCUCAUCAGCAUCAUCGUGUUGAUAGUAAUGCAGUGCUCCAAACCUACAGACUAUUCCUCCAAAUAUUUACAAGACCCUAAUUAUGACGGGACUCUGUGUCACAGCAUCCAGUACCGAUCUGGAGACAGACGGUACAUGUUAGUUGGACCCAGAAUGAGUAUAGGAUCUACUAUAGUCCCAGGAAGCAAUGGGAAUACUCUGGUGGUCCCUGACAGGAGACGAGCAUCUGUAGAGGUAAGGAAGAUCUGCAAGUAG